GUCCACGCACCCACGCAUGCGUAAAUGAAUCGGACAUGUUCGUGUUUUUUCCAUUUUCAGACAAAUCUAUUUUGUAUAUCACUCUAAAAAGAACCUCCAAGAUAAUCAAUAUUCAAUAUUGUUACACCAAAAAAAGACUUAUCCAGUUUAUAAUCUUGCGUUGUUAAAUAGCCCCAGGUCACUCAUAUUGAGUAAACCUAUAGUCCGAAUGUUGCAUUCUAGCUGUGACCAUCUCUUAUUUACGGACAGUUUGACCGAGAGUUCAUUAUCCCAAAUAAUUUCUUUUAUUGAAUGGUUGGGCUUGAUUUUUAAGAGAAAUGGAAGCUGUUUUUACUGGUUGAUUGUCACAUAAAGGCCCCUCUUUCAUUUGUGUAUUACUUCGUGUUUGCAGUUAUAAAACUUAAAAUAUGGUUGGACCGUCUAAAGUUAUCACAAUAAUAAUCUCGCUUUGCAACCAUGUGGUUUUGGGUUCAGUUCCUCUGCGCAGCACGUAACUACGGCAGAUCAAUACAUUGUCAGUGAAUUUUGUACACAAACUUUUGGAAGCCUUGAUGAGUGUUUGACAGCUGAACUAUGAAACACACACCUAUAACUGACAUCGUAUACUAAUACCGAAACAUUGCAUACACACACAUACAUAUAUAUGUACGUGUUUGUUCUCUCCUACUGCUUGAUAACAAGUGUUGGUUUAUAUACAUCCCAAUAACAUAGCGGUUCGGUAAACAAUUUCCUGGAACUGGUUUUUUCGACUAAAACCUUUGAAGGCAGUGUGUCAGCACGGCCACAGUCAAAUGACUUAGCAAGUAAACGAUGAAAAAUAUUGAUUAUAUAAAACUAAUACUAAUUAAAUGCUCUUAAUUAAAUAAAUAUUACAGUAAUUAUUUAGUGAACCAUUGGGAACUAAACAUUUAGCUUUACGAUAAUAGCAACACAGAAAGGGGCAACAUUUCUUGUAAAACAACCAAGAUAAGACACGAUAAACAAAUUAAAGCAUUUCACUCCAUUUUUAGAAACAAUUUAAACUUGUAACCCCAUUGUUAAAUAUCUACCAAAGACUAGAAUUAGUAUUUCCUGCAAGUCACAUUGCAUCAGUUAACUUUUCUCCAAAAAAAAAAAAAAACUUUCAAGCAACAUUCCUCACCAAAAGAUGGACUGGUAUAUAAAACUACUUUCUGCCGUCAAUGAUUUAACCAUAUUAGUUGUGGUUAUCUAAGAUGACCAACCGAUUUAGUGACCGAAAUGGUUUCAUCUAUAUCUCUUCUUCUGACGACACUGUUUACCCAGUCCAGCUGAUUCCAAAUAUGUCCUCUGAAAAUAAUGCUCCUGAUUCUCUUACUUCUACAGACAAUGUGUUCAACAAAGUGCCAAAGCUAGAAUGGACAAAUCCUUCAUCAGAGAUUUCUGACAAUAAUAAAGAUCCAUACCAAACAAACUCAUCUCAGACAUCUUUCCAAAAUAAUUCCGAUGAACAGUAUUACAAUUUUCAAACACCAAAAGAGGAAUUAUUUAAUGUCCAAGAAAUGGAUUGCAGCAUUGUCUUAGAUGAGCAACAUACUGAUAAUGUCUUGAAGAACUCUGAAACUGCAGUGUCUAAGACAAAAGUCCUUAAUUGUUUAAGGUGCAUUUAUCAGACCAGUGACAAGAAUAACCUGACCAACCACAUGAGGAAACAUAACUCAACAUUUGUUUGCAAAAUUUGCAAAACUUCCUUUUCAGUAAUAACAUCAUUAAUUGACCACUUCAACAAGCAGCACCCACAAGAUGCCGAUGAUCCAUCUGAUUUGCAGCAUUAUUGUCCCAUGUGUCCAUUUCAAAGUAUAGAGAAGCUGGAAUACGAUAAACACAUUACUCGGCAUGAAACAGCUGCUCAUACAUGUUCCAUUUGUGGUCAGCCAUUUGCAAAACAAGUUUCAAUGAAAUGGCACAUCAAGUAUAAACAUGGUAUAGAAGACUCUGAAGAACAACAACAUAGCAAUAUCUCAGAAACUUCUACAACAACAAUUUCAGAUCACAAUAAUGCAAUUGCAGCAAACACAGAAAAAGAAUCGAAAGACUUAGAUUUCCAGAACCAAAGCGCUGAUAUGGAGACUGAUACCAAACCUUUCUUUAAACGGUUCUUUUGUUUGUAUUGUCCCAAGAACUUUAGUAAUAAACUGUAUUUGAAAUAUCACUGUUGGCGCAAUCAUAAGGAUAAAUUAUAUAAAAGUCAAUGGAAAGAAGUCCAAGAUUUAUUUCAACAGAAUUGGAAUGAGACAGAUCCUACAUUAAUUACCAAAAGCCUUAUUGCUAAGAAUAACCAUUUUCAGUGCCCAUUGUGUUCAUUCAGUUCUUCUUACAAAAGCACUGUUGACCGCCAUAUUAAGAAGCACAAUGAAGCAAAGUAUUCUUGUAAUAUAUGUGGUAUGCCAUUUACUGUGAUAGGCAAUUUACAUCAUCAUAAGAAAGUUAAUCAUCCUGAAAUAUUAAUUAUGAAUUCACUGCCAAACAAACGUCACAAAUGUGCACUUUGCAUCUAUAGCACUGGCUAUAAGUCUACACUUGAGCGUCACCUUAGAACACAUGGAAUUGCCAAGUACCACUGUGAGUUAUGCACCAUGCCGUUUGUCUUCUCCGGAAGCUUUUUGACACACAGAAUGUUAAAACAUAAAAUAUCCACAAAAGACUUUGAAGAAACAAUUUUCACAGACAAAAUAACUGAUGCCAGUAGUUUAACAGCAAGCAGUGGUAAGUUCAUAAAGAGGCGGAAAUGCCCGUACUGCAAUGCUCUGAUGCCCAGUGCAAGCAAACUUAACCGGCAUUUACGCACACACAGGAACGCUGGUUAUUAUUGCGUAUGCUGCAGUAUAUUUUAUACUUUAAGAAGUGAAUUUGAAAAUCACAUGAAAGUGCAUCUAGUAGCAAAAGGUUUUAAUGAAGUACAGUGUAUUGGUGUUACGAAAGGUAAUAAAGAAUUAUCCAAUGACACAACUGGAGAUGAUGUCGACGGUUCGGCUAAAAAUCACAUUCUUGUUAAUAGUGAGCAGUCUGAUGUGAGAGAGUCUUCACUUUCAAAUGAAAUUAGCAAUAUGAAUAAUGUCACAGAUCUAGGAAAUGUCGACAAGAACUGUGAUAUGUACAGUAAUUCAAGCAAUGCCAAUGAUAGUAGAAAUCAUUUAGCAACAAUGGCUAAAGAUGUAGUCAAGAUAGACUUAACCGAACCAGUGCCGACAACUAACAUCCUUCUAGAACAACAACAAGUUCUUCAGAAUGAAUCACAGUCUUAUCCUCCUGAAUCCUAUCAGAAUUCAUUAAAUAUUAAUUCUGCAAAGAAAUUAAUGCUUUCAUCCCCAAGCCAAGAAAUAACUUCUUUUGAUAAACCUACAACAGAAGAGAACUUUCAUCUAACUCCAUCUUCUAGAAAUUCUUUGGUAACAUCCCAAGACAAUUUCACAAUUGAUAGACCAACUUAUGUGCCCCAGAUAUCUCAUGAACAAUAUUUUGAUACGGAAAAACAAGACUUUAGACUGAAUUCAGAUGAAGUAUUAUUCAACAACCGAAAAAUGUACCUUACCCCUCAACAACAAAACAAUAUGAACAACUCGAACCCAACAGAGAUUCAAACACAAAAUCCUUUCUCUGAAAACAAUAACGAUGAUAUGUGUGCUUGUAAAUUAACUCCACCAAUCCAUGGAGAUGUACUCAUCAAUCCUCCAUUCAAGGGACGAUUUGCAAAGUUGGUUUCUGACUUUGAUGAUUUUGCAUCCCGUCCAUUUGCUUGUUCUCUUUGUUUUUAUCGUUGCAGCAUUCUCAAAGACUUAUUUGAUCAUGUACAGAACCAUUUGACUGGCUGCACUCCUGUUCCAAUUCCAAACACUGCCAAGUUCGACACACAGAAUUAUAUUCAAGGAAUGAGUAUAGACCAAAAUAAUCAGAUGCAAAAUAAUUCUUUAAACAUUAGUUAUAUUUAGCCAAAGAAAAAAAAAAAACAGUAAAAGAAAAGCAUUUAAAUAAACAGAGAACUGUAUUUUACUUUCCCUUCUUUGAAGAAAAGAAGAAAUAAAUGAGAAUAAAAAUCA